UUUUUUAUAUCAGAUGCCGAGGGGGAAAUCAUCCAUAGUGUGUCGCGAGAUCAUUAAUCACUUUUCCUCAUAGUGUGCGAGGUGCCAGGGGAGCAUGUGUCGCCACAGGCUGCACGCAAGACAAGGCUUUGUAACGUGCGCUGAGAGGAAUAAGAAUUAGAAUGAAUGGAGGAGGCGAGCGAGCAACAGAGAGAGAGAGAGAGAGAGAGAGCCUGCACACACCAGCAACAGUCCCUGAGCAGGGGAGACGAGAAAAACUAGAGGAAAUACCCUGACUGUAGACGCGCCUGUGCGUAUCACUCCAUACCCCAGUGCAUUCAAACCACUGCCGUGAAGACCACUGAAGCAAUUCAUCCGGUUUUUUCUUUAACUUAAUCGCCGGAGACUGCAUCAGAAAAAAGUUUACCAGAAUCUUUCACGACCGCUAGCCUUUCAAAUUGUUCUUAUUUCUUUUACAGUCUAAAGAGCGAAUCUUCACUGUCCAAACCAACAUAUUUUGGAAACAAAAGAGAGAACUGAGCAACUGAGAACUGAGCAACACGCCGACAAAUUACCUGGAAAUUAUCGAUGCAACUGUCUCUUGCUAAUUAAACGGACUGCCGGUUUGAAUGUCCUAUUAUGUAUGAUAUGCGCUCUGCUGCAGUGAUACAAUGACUCUUUCUAGAUAACUCCUGUUUAUUGUAGACUAGGAUCGAUGCCGGCUUGUUGUUUAUGGAGCCGCCUUGAUUCGCAGAUAUCGGCUGUCACCACAGAAGUAAAGCAAUUUUGAUAGUUGUGUUUUGUUGGCGUACUGUCAUUUCUUUCAGCGGAAAAGUUACAGAUAUUAAGCAAUGCCAUACCAGGGAUACAUCAAGAGCUGACGCUAACCUGACCCAGAGCUCAUCAAGUUUCUUUAUUCCGGUGUACUCAAGACGCUGUAGGUGCAUGAACUGAAGCGGGAAAUAAUUACCAUUGGACAUUUGGUGGUGUUCAACGCAACCCAUUCGUCUGGAUACAGUCUUUUUUCUCUAUGCACAAGGACUGGACCGUCUGCGGGUUGUUAAAUGGACGUAAACCUCCGCCACCGCGAAGAAAGUAGGAGAAAGUUGGUAUCCGAGCUCUAAGUCAUAUAUGAAGAUCUGUGUGCCAGCGUAGACCCCACAACGCAGACAUGCCUAUGCAUGCAGUGACCUCCACUUUGAUGUACCGGGGAAUUUGCACCAUCCCUGAUAUCUUGUCUUAUGGUGCACCAGUGAACCUGCCAGAGGAUGAGGUCGAGGAGAUCCGAGAGGCCUUCAAGGUGUUCGAUCGUGAUGGGAAUGGCUUCAUCUCCAAGCAGGAGCUGGGCAUGGCCAUGCGCUCCCUGGGGUACAUGCCCAACGAGGUGGAACUGGAGGUCAUCAUCCAGAGACUCGAUAUGGAUGGGGACGGCCAGGUAGACUUUGAAGAAUUCGUCACCCUCCUUGGUCCCAAGCUGACAGCGGCUGGCAUGCCAGACAAGUUUAAUGGAACAGACUUUGACUCAGUCUUCUGGAAGUGCGACAUGCAGAAACUAACGGUGGAGGAGUUGAAGAGACUGCUGUACGACACCUUCUGCGAUCACCUGUCCAUGAAGGACAUUGAGAACAUCAUCAUGACCGAGGAGAGCCACAUUGCGAACCCGGGGGACUGCCAGGUGGAUAUAGACACUGAGAGUCCCACGCAGCAGGUCAAGCAGACAUGCGUGAGGAAGAGCCUGAUCUGUGCGUUUGCCAUCGCUUUCAUCAUUAGCGUCAUGCUCAUCGCAGCAAAUCAGGUCCUGCGCAGUGGCAUGAAGUAGAGACAACGAACCAAGGGGAGUGAUCCGUCACACUUUGAUGAGAUCACACCCACCUGACUGAAAGAAACAGCAAAAAAGUAAUAAAAACAACAACAACAACAACAUCAAAAGACAAAUAAUGUUAUAUAAUGAGAAAAAAAAAAAACACUUGGUGGAUGAUGAUGUGCACCCUGGGUCAUAUUGGAUGGGAUUUGUGAAGUGACCCAGGCACCCUAACUUCUUCUCCCUGCUUUCUUUGGACUGGAGAAAGUAGCGGAUGCAUGGGAUCCCAACAGGAGAUCUUACCACUCAGUGCAUGAAGUGCAUGGAUGUGCAUUCAUUUUGAAGCAUUUUGUAGACAUUAAGCUAGAGCAGAAUACCCAAACUGUACCCUGGAGGGCUUGCAUAUGACAAGUUUUGUACCUUGUUUUCAGCAGCAACUGUAAGUACCGCCCGCACUGGACAUCCAGAACAUAGCACCUUUCAAGUGGUCUGUUAAUUUUGGAAAAGAAAGAAAACUGAGACACACAAGCCCUCUGUGGUAAUGUUUGUGUCUUUUUGCCAUCUAGCAUUUCCCAAUGAAAAUGUUGAAAUUCUGUAAACUAACUAUGAAAAACUGUGACCAAUUUGAUGUGGAUGGGCGGGUAUUCUCAUGAAGAGACAAAGAGAUUAGCUUAGCACCUGUGUUGCAACUCUAAAAAAAGAGAACUCAAAUAUGUAUAACGUAGUAGAAUCACCUGCAUGAACAAAAGGGCUGUUUAGGACAUGCUCAUGUUGUGUGUCGUUAUUUGUAGUGAUGUAAUGAGGUACUGUGGACUACCUGUUGCACUGAGCACACCAUGACAUCUCACUGCCAAAGGGCCGAUUCCAAACCCCUGAGAAAAAUGUAUCAGCAUCAGUGUAAUGUCAACAGACAUUGAAACCUGCUCAGAGAAGUACGCGUAUGUGAUGGAAUAAAGAAGGAACAACUACAUCUAGGACAGACUAUGCACACUGGGACUGCCCUUAAGGGUCUGAAGUUGUGCCAUAAUGACAAACGUUAGUGUAAAUGCAUGCACAAUGAAUAAUAAUUUGCAUUUAUUAGUCCCACACCAAAUAUUCAUUACCAAGCAUCAGGCAGAGGCCAUUUCAGAGAAUAUCAAGCUACAUUCGCCACAGAAUUUUUGCCUUAUCAUUGAGUGAAUGUAGGGGUGGUUUUAGGGGGCUCGUUAACAUGAGACGGGGAUGGAUUAUUCCCCUUAAUUUGACAUAUAUUCACCACAUUAUUGAAGUCGUUUGAAUAAUUCAUCAGAUUUUUAAAUUUGUAGAUGAAUUUUUUUAGAAUUCAGAGCUGAGCAAAAGCUUCUGUUUGUGAGUCUCAAGGUUCACCUCCUCAUCAAGCUGUUUAACAUUUUGUGUUUUAUAUGACAGAAAUGUAUGCGUGGAGGACAGGAUCAUACCUUAAUCCUGCCUCGGGGCUCGUCUUGGUUCACCUUAUUGUUUACACUUUGCCAUGUCAAGACACUGCUAAAUCCUUCUGCACAUUGCAUCUAUGUCUCCAGGGGUCUUGUAUCAAAUAUGCACUGCGAUAUAUCAGAACAAAUUACCGAAACAUCAAAUGUGAUCUGACGGGAGAUCUUUGGGUCUGCAGGUGGGGGGCAUUGCCAACAUUACCAUACGCUGAAAUACUUCAGAUCUGUAGAGGAUGAAGACUUAUUUCUGUCAUUGUGCUCCAAUUUCAACCAAAGCUUCAACUAAAUCCGAAGACAAUAAGAAAAAAGUACUUGUUUACCGUGCGCUCGUCAAAAUGAGUCUGAGUGCUGGUAUAUUACUUUAUUGAUGAAGUUCUAAUGCAGCUGUAUCAACAUUGAUUUCUGGCUAGGAACACUCCGUGUUUGGCAGUCUUUUGACUGCUCUGAAGCAAUAUGGUAUACAGACGUUGUGGAGUUGUGAUUUUUCCAGUAAGCGUAUAUAAAUAAUUGUGUGAAAACCUGAGCAGUAUUAUAUAACUGUUUCAAGUAUUGUUGUUGAAAGAUCCAUGCAUUUGCACAUACACAAUAGGAAAAAAUAGGAUUGUUUAUUUUAUUAUUGCACUUUAAAAACCUCAUAGCACACAAAAGAAUUUCUCAUUGUGCCAUUUUCAGUCAUAGAUAUCUAUAUUCAUUUUAAAUAUCUAAAUAUGGACAAGACAAAUAUGAAAUUUAUUUUUACUAUUUAUUUAUUUCUAUAAUACCCUAGACUAAAAUUUAUGUUAAGCAAAGGCAAUACACUCUUUCUUUAAAAGCUAGAUCAAAGGCAUGUUUGUUCUUUGACAUAAUACUUUGCCUUAUUUCUUUUACUUUUUAUCAAUUCUCUUAUCAAUGUUUACAACAAAAGCAUUUCAAGAAACUUUGAUCCAAUCAAACACCUCCUUUUUUAUUUACUCUUCGCGAGUGACAUAACAAUGUAACCAAUGAACUUGUUCAGGGUUCAGGUCUCUGGCAGGGGACAAUGAAUCAUAUUUUUCGUCUCACCCUGUAAACGUUUAUUGAGUGCACAAAAUUGUGUGUCUUUCUGUGGUAUGGUACUUGUAUUUCAUACAAAUAAAUGUUAUAUCAAACAG